GCCGGUUCUGUUUUUCUUUCUUUUUCCAUGCUGAGAAAAGAUAGAGAGAGAGUGUGUGUGUGAGCGCUUCGUUUUCCAACCCGCUCCGCUCGUUGUCCUCCAGACGAGAAACCGUUUUGUGACUUUCCUUUGCAUUGCAUCCGGCCUGGUCGCGCUUCGUUCUUUGUCUACCUUGUCCGUUGCACCCACGUCGGCUUGCUGUCGCAUCUGCAGUUCAUCGGAAGAGGAGAAUCCGGUUUAAGAAUUGAAGAACCAUCCCCAGACGUACCUCACGGCCGUUGAAUCCGCGCUCGAGACGUAGACGUACAUUCAAUAUAGUUAUCAUCGCCAGAACCAGUCAAGGGUGAUGGCCACGGUGGGCGAACAGAUCAAAGAGACGCUCGUGGGCGCAACCACCGAGCCGCAGCUGUCAGAGACGAACCGCAAGGAGUUUCUGCGGCAUGCGCACAGGGGCGAAGAUGGCGAGCUGUACAUGAACGAGCAGGAGUUCAUCAAUGCCAUUGCCCCCGCCAGUGAAGACUACCGCAAGAUAAAACGCGAGCAAUACGGCAUCCUGUUCAAGGUCGCCGACCGCAGACAUAGAGGGCUCGUCAGCCUGUCUGACUGGAACAACUUCACGAACCUGCUGGCCAAACCCGACGCCGAGUACGAGAUCGCCUUCCGUUUGUUCGACGUCAAUGGCGAGGGCGUCGUCAAGUUUGAUGAUUUCUACAAGAUCCUUGCUGCCAAUCGCAGCCCAGACGCCAUUCCCUUCGACUGGAACUCGGCAUGGGCGUCGCUGUACACCGGUGGCAGGAAGAGACGGCACGACCUUACCUAUCCGCAGUUUUCUCAGAUGCUCCGCGGACUGCAGGGCGAGCGCGUGCGCCAGGCCUUCGAGCACUUUGACAAGAACGGCGACGGCUACAUCGAGCCGGAGGAAUUCCAGCGCAUCAUCCUCGAGACGGCUGGUCACAAGCUGUCCGACCAUCUGCUCAGCAACCUGCCGACCCUGUGCAACAUCUCCGCCGGCUCCAAGAUCUCGUACGCCAACGUGCGCGCCUUCCAGAACAUGAUCCGCGAGAUGGACAUGUUCGAGAUGAUCGUCAAGAACGCGACCGCAAAGUCCGCCGACGGCCGCAUCACGCGCACCGACUUCCUGAACGAGGCCGCCCGCGUCACCCGUUUCUCCAACAUCACCCCCAUGGAGGCCGACAUUCUCUUCCACUUCGCCGGCAUGGACGAGCCCUCGGGUCGGCUGGGUAUCCAGGACUUCGCCAAGGUCCUCGACGCGUCGUGGUCCAACACCUCGGACCUGCUCGGCGAACAGGCUGGCGAGAUCGCGUCCAAGGCGUUUGCCAAGUCGCGCAGCGUGCUGCACGACGUGCUCGAGUCCGUCCACCACUUCGCGCUCGGCUCCAUCGCCGGCGCUUUCGGCGCCUUCAUGGUCUACCCCAUCGAUCUGGUCAAGACGCGCAUGCAGAACCAGCGGAGCAGCCGCGUCGGCGAGCGCCUGUACAACAACUCGAUCGACUGCGCCCGCAAGGUGCUCAAGAACGAGGGCGUGCGUGGCCUUUACUCCGGCGUGAUGCCCCAGAUGGUCGGCGUCGCGCCCGAGAAGGCCAUCAAGCUUACCGUCAACGACCUCGUCAGAGGCAAGCUGAUGGACAAGAAGACCGGCAACAUCUGGAUCGGCUGGGAGAUUCUGGCCGGUGGGGCGGCCGGCGGUUGUCAAGUUAUCUUCACCAACCCCCUCGAAAUCGUCAAGAUCCGUCUGCAAGUGCAGGGCGAGAUCCAAAAGUCGGCGACGGAAAGUGCUCCACCCAAGCGCUCCGCGCUGUGGAUCGUACGCAACCUGGGCUUGGUCGGGUUGUACAAAGGCGCGUCGGCGUGUCUGCUGCGCGACAUCCCCUUCAGCGCCAUCUACUUCCCCGCCUACGCCCACCUGAAGAAGGACUUCUUCGGCGAGUCGCCCCAGAAGAAGCUCGGCGUCGUGCAGCUCCUGCUCGCCGGAGCCAUCGCCGGCAUGCCCGCGGCGUACAUGACCACGCCGGCCGACGUCAUCAAGACCCGUCUGCAGGUCGAGGCGCGCAAGGGCGAGCAGACGUACAAGGGCCUGGCCGACUGCGCCCGCAAGAUCUGGGCCCAGGAGGGCUUCCGCGCCUUCUUCAAGGGCGGCCCCGCCCGCAUCAUGCGUUCCUCGCCCCAGUUCGGCUUCACCCUCGCCGGCUACGAGGUCCUGCAGACCUUGCUCCCCCUGCCCGGCUCGUCCCACGGCGUCCAGCCGGCAGGCCACACCGAGCCCGCCAUCGGGCUGACGGAGGCCACCGCGCCGCUGCCGUACCUGCGCAGCCGCAACGCGCUCAAGAUCAUCCUCGACCUGGACGAGAACUUUGGCCGCGUCAGGGUCCCAGAGGGCGUGAACAAGCUGCCGGCCAUCCUCGGCGGCGGGCGAACGACGACGGCAGCCAAAGCUUGAUUCCUCUCCUUCUUUUUUGCUUCAGCUUGUCGUUUACCCGACUCGUUUGCAGGCUCCUCCUCCUCCUCCUCUUCUUCUUCUUCUUUUCUGAAUAUCUGUUUUUUUCUUGUUUGCAUCGCAUGGGGAAAUCUUGCAUGGCGAUCAAAAGGAGUUUCUAGGCGGGCGAACGUCUUUCUUAUACACCGGCCAGGAGGGAGUGAGGAAGCGGGGGACCAUCCCUCCACCUUCUUUUCGCCCCCCCUUUUCUUUUUUUUCCCCUUUAAUUUGAGCCUUUUGCUUCCCCUACCUUGCCCCUCUUUUCUUUCGGUUUGCAGUCAGAGACGUCUCUGGAUUGCUACGGCGCGAGGCUAGGGGAGGGGGCCCCGCAAUAAUCCAACAUGUGCUGGGGAAGAUUUCGAGACGACGAAACUAUCGGCGCGGACACCUGGGCGAGUUUUGCCAGCUCCGGGAGCAUAUUUUGGAUCCCGACCGCGGUCGGGAGACGAGUAAAGAGAGAGAGGGGGGGAAAGAGGGACGUAAAGAGGGUCAAGUUCUGGCUGAGCGGAAAGACGGAGGUGGGAUGUGUAGAAAGGCGGGCUCGGACGUGCAGCAAUGUUUUUUUUAUUAUUCACUUUCAUCCUAGCAUAUAGAGCCUAGAUCCUCUGAAAGACGGAGGGAGGUGGGGAGAACGGGACUUUGUAGGAUAGAAUCGUCCUUUUGUCGAUUGCAAAAUAGAGCACCCUGGUAAUCUACGCAUUUCACCGCCGGUGUUAUGUGCAACCA